GGAAGAGAAAAUGUCUCGUUCCUACGCGUUCUUCCUGUCCUUAUGGAGCUCUGUUAUUGGAGUCGGACACGGCUGYCCUGAACUAUGCGACUGCUCCGACAAAUACGGACGCCACUUCGCUGAAUGCUCCUACAAAGACUUGGUUGACAUCCCUGAAAAGUUGCCCCCCAACGUGACCACUCUGAGUCUCUCUGCCAACAAAAUAUCUUUGGUGGAGUCGGGCAGCUUCGACAACGUGACCCAAGUCACGUCCUUAUGGAUGGCCCAUAACGAGAUAGUCACCAUCGAASYGGGCGCCCUGGCUCCCCUGGUCCAGCUGAGGAACUUUGAUGUCAGUCACAACAAGAUGGUGGACUUCCCUUGGGAGGAUCUCCAUAACCUCACAGCCCUGCAGCUGCUGAAGAUGAACCACAAUGAGAUGGUCAGUCUGCCUAAAGACUCCUUCUCUAACCUCAAGGACCUGAGGUCUCUCCGCCUCAACAACAACAGGUUCACCACUAUAGCGGAGGGGWCKUUCGACAGCCUGAUCUCCCUGUCUCAUCUACAGCUCUAUAACAACCCAUUCACAUGCCACUGUAAGAUGGACUGGCUGAGGGACUGGAUUCUAAAGACCACCGUAUCGGUCCCAGAACAGAACUCGAUUGUCUGUGACAGUCCAGAGCAGUUGAGAGGAGCGGUGAUCGUGAAACUGUCUGAGUCAAAGUGCAUGGCCCCUAAUGUUAGCAUAACGCCCGAGCCCAACGUUCAGAAUAAAACACUCUAUGAAGGCACAGUGUUGAUCCUGAACUGUGAGAUCAAAGGGAACCCAAAGCCAGACGUUAUCUGGAAAAUCCACACAAACCGUCAAAGUGUAGAGUACCCUCUGUCCACCAAAGAUAAAGAAUUAGCAGAAUCCAAUGAAUCUAACGAGGAUUCUAAAACGGCAGACAAACCAUUUGAAAUGUUCCAUAACGGCACUCUAGUCAUACCGCGCCUCAGUAAAAAGGACAAUGGCAACUACAGCUGUUCCGCCACCAAUGAGUUUGGUAAAGAUGACGAUUCACUAUCAAUAGUAGUGGUAGUACCAAAACCACCACCACCUCAACCUGUUGGAAAAGUAAUUGACCCACCAGUUAUUAUUAAUGGGGAGAAAAUCCCCUCAGUACUUCAACCUGUGAUCAAAACCUCCAGUAAUAACCCUUUUAAACCAUUCAAUAUUCCCCAUUUGGAGGGAAAGUACAAUGUCUUCCCAACCUUUCCUCCCAUUGAAGUUGACACUGAGCGUACAAAGCAAGUGCCCAAAUAUCCGCCCCGUGCAACUAGCAAAUGUACCUUGACCAGUGAGACACAGUACAUCUCUAACCAGGCCUUCAAUAUAAGCCUGGAAGAUGUCAGGCAGUAUACCUUUGACUUUGGAGUCAUAGCCUUAGAYGUGUCAGAGACUGAGGCUAAAGUUAGACUCAAUCCUCUCCUCCUUCCUAAAGACAACACAGACAUCCGUCUCAGCGCCUCAGAAGGGUUCCAUUCCGUCAACAAAGAGCCUCCCAACCAAUCAGAGGUAACCAGGAGAGCCCAGGUGGACUCAGGGCUGUAUCUGUGUGUCACYUCAGACCACAGACACUCAGCCAUCCAGUGGUCCAGGAUGGAAGAUGGCGUCAACACCUAUCUGUUCCAGGACCUACGCCCCGGCGCCAACUACUCCCUCUGUCUCACCUACAGAGGAGAGGACUGUGAGGUGCAGGUCCUCUUCGCCACCAGGAAGAGAGUUCCUAACCUGCUGAUCAUUAUAGUCGUCAGUAUCUGUCUCCUCACCGUCUCCACCGUGCCCCUGCUGGGGGCCACCUGCUUCCACCUGGUCUACAAAUACAGGAACAAGACCUACAAGCUCAUCAUGAAGGCUAAAGACCACCAGCAUCACAUGGAGAGGAACCUAGUGGUCAACUUCAACCUGAGGAACUCGUACGCCGAGUCACAGACGCAGAUCACAGCCAGCGAGAUGGGGGAUGGRGAGGACGGGGAGUCGGAGAGCGGGGGAGAGAGAGAGAAGGACGUGGAGGGGAGUGUGGUGACYGAGUCGUUCACUCUGUCUCAGUACAGAGGGAAUCUGGAUGAGUGUGAGAUGGGGUCAGAGUUCAGCGAUAGGUUACCWCUAGGGGCGGAGGCUGUUAAUAUCUCUGGGCAGUACAAAGAGCCACACCACUGAUCCUGUUGUUGUUGUUGGUAUUUGAUAGAUCGUCUUGACUAGACAGGYUCUAGUCAUCUUCAGUCAUGGUCACAUGUAACGUAAGUCUCACAGUAACUGUUUAUCGAUCCAUGAGAGAAGAACCUGUGACCUGUCGUUUUUUCAAAAUGGCUGCCGUAUCAAUGGCCUGGAUACAGUGUAGACAAAGUCAUAGGUGCUUCCGCUUUUGAAUGGAAAAGUAAAGAAGGUAGUUUCUUAUGUAUGCUGUGAAGAUUAAGUAAAAACAAACCCGUCUCUGUAGUAAAAUAUGUAAGCCUAUUCUAAAAAUAGACCCCUCCGGUGUGCUCUUAACAGGGACGUUUCCAGAGACUUGUUAUUCAGUUAUUCAGUGUAGUCUCACAGGCAAGGAGGCAAGAAGCUUUUAACUGUAUCUAAAAAUGUCUCUUCUUAAAGUAACAGAUGCACUUAUGAAUGUCUAUGUUAAUAUAUUGUAGGCUAUCAAUGCUGUUUUUUAAUCUAGAGUGAAUGUCCGCUUCACUGUUGCCAACAAACCCUAUAGCUGUGUGUCACAAGCUAUUGUUGUAAGUCAUUUUACAGUAACCUUUAACCUGGUAUUGUGUCAAUAAUAUACAGUACCAGAC